AUGCGUGGGCACACCCUUUUUUUGUUCAAGUGUCUUGCUUCCUUUCGUCCACCACGCCGAUAUGGCGCGAGGCUUCAGCGUGAGCACUGUGCACGCCAGCUCCUGCAUGACGGCCAUGUUGGGAAGCGAGGAGUUUUGGAAUUUGUCAUGCCACAACUCUCGUCUCAUUUUCAUUUUCAUGAGGAGUUUUCGGACUCUUUGUCAGUUGCGUGUCAGGGUUUUCACAGUACAUGCUACCUAGCCUGGCAGCCUGCCACUUCAGCAUGCAAUUCAAAUAUGCCGAUGGGCCUAGCUUGUGGAAUACUGUAA